UGUUGGUGUGCACGUUGCAUGUGGAGCUCACGUUGUUUCCUGUGUGCGUCGCAUGUGCCAACUUGUUGUUGUCAUCGCUGGGGACUGUGGAGUGUGUGUCUGUGUGUGUGUGUGCACGCACAUCGCUGCAGGGCUCGUGUGCUGUCAGAUCAACAAGGAAACAUGUGGAUCAGUGUGUGGCUUUGUUUUGCACUGAGCUGUUUUUGAAGAAGAGACUCAAACACAGACAGAUCCUUGUUUGUAGCACUGUUGUGUCCUGAGGCCGGAGCUCCGCACACAGACGACCAUGAAGAGAAGCCGACUCCCCAGCAGCAGCGAUGACUCUGACAAUGAAAGUAACUCCACCUGCUGGUCCCAGCAUUCAUCACAGCCGAGGAGGGGCACUGGACAGAAACCCUCCGAGGUUUUCAGGACGGACCUGAUCACGGCCAUGAAGGUUCACGACUCGUACCAGCUGAACACAGAGGACUACUACGUCCUCGCCGACCAGUGGAGGCAGGACUGGGAGAAGGGCGUCCAGGUCCCCGUCAGCCCCCAGUCCAUCCCGGAGCCCGUCGCCAGGGCGUUGGCAGAGAAAGGGAAGGAGGUGAUGUUUGUGAAGCCAAAGAAGCUCAUCCGGACGUCGGGCGCCGAGGCGUUGGGCUAUGUCGACAUCCGGACGCUGGCGGAAGGGAUGUGCCGCUACGACCUGAACGAGGAAGACGUGGCCUGGCUGCAGAACAUCAACGAGGAGUUUGCAGAGAUGGCGAUGCCGCUGCUCGACGAGAUCACCAUGGAGCGGGUGAUCGAGGAGUUCGAGCACCGCUGCCACGAAAACAUGACGCACGCCACGGAGACGGAGGAGGGUUUGGGUAUCGAGUACGACGAGGACGUGGUGUGCGACGUGUGCCGGUCGCCUGACGGGGAGGACAACAACGAGAUGGUGUUCUGCGACAAGUGCAACAUCUGCGUCCACCAGGCGUGCUACGGCAUCCAGAAAGUCCCGAAGGGCAGCUGGCUGUGCCGGAUCUGCGCCCUCGGCAUCCUGCCCAAAUGUCAGCUGUGUCCCAAGAAGGGCGGAGCCAUGAAACCGACCCGAAGUGGAACCAAGUGGGUCCACGUCAGCUGUGCCUUGUGGAUUCCAGAGGUGAGCAUCGGGAAUCCAGAGAAGAUGGAGCCGAUCACCAACGUGUCCCACAUCCCCAGCAACAGAUGGGCUCUGAUCUGCUGCCUGUGCAAAGAGAAGAGGGGAGCGUGUAUUCAGUGCUCAGCAAAAAACUGCCGGACUGCCUUCCACGUGACGUGCGGCCUCCACGCCAGCCUUGAGAUGAACACCAUCCUCACUGAGGACGACGAGGUCAAGUUCAAGUCGUACUGCCCCAAGCACUCUGGGCUCGAGGGCGCCGAGUCCAGAGACGGAGACUCGGGGGACGAGGAGGAGAAGGAGGGUGCCAGAGACAAGAAGGGCAGGAGGAGAGGCAGGGUGAGAGGGGAGGAAGACGCCGCCUCCUCCUCUUUGUCGUCCUAUGUGCCUCCUCAGCUCGUGGACAGAGCGUCCAGCGAGGCGGAGGCCCUCAGCAGCCGCCAGCUGGAGAAUAGAGUCAACCUCCGCAAGCUGAAACUGCAGGAGAUGGAGGAGGAGUUCUACCAGUUUGUGGAGGUGGAGGAGGUGGCCAGUCACCUGAAGCUGCUGCCGGAGGUGGUGGACUUCCUCUACCAGUACUGGAAGCUGAAGCGCAAAGCCAACUUCAACCAGCCGCUCCUCACGCCCAAGAAGGACGAGGAGGAGAGCCUGGCACGCCGCGAGCAGGAGGUGCUGCUGCGACGCCUGCAGCUCUUCACGCACCUCCGCCAGGACCUGGAGAGGGUUCGUAACUUGACCUACAUGGUGACUCGGAGGGAGAAGAUGAAGCGCUCGCUGUGGAGAGUCCAGGAGCAGAUCUUCCAGCAGCAGGUGAAGCUGCUGGACCACGAGCUGCUCACAGGAGACCCUUCAGCGAAGGACCUGGAGGAGCUCUUCUCUCUGGGCUGGUUGAACUCUCAGGGCUCCAAGUCUCGCUCCUCCUGGAGCCACUCUGGACUCAAAACCAAACGAGGCUCUUUGAAGCAGGAGAGAAGGAAAAGCACCGACAGGAGGAGCUUCUCUGACUCGCCACACAUUCACAAGAAGGAGAAUCUGAGCAAACAGCCGGAGACCAAGGACGGUAAAAGCUCCAGAAUCAAAGAGGCGGCAGAGGCUGCGAGCGACGCCCACAUCCAGAACUCUGAGAUCAGUCAGGAGUUUCUUUUCCCAAAGCUUCAGGAGGCCAUCGCUGUCAAGCUGCACAAACCUGAGAGCAGGAAAGGGCCCAGGAGAGAGCCCCCGGGGCCCGAACCCGAGGCGCCGCCCAGAGGGAAACGAGACGACCACGAGCAGGAGGAGAGGAGGAGGAAGAGGAGGAGCGAGGUGGCAGAGAACUUCUCCAGUCAGGUCAAGAACAAGUUCGGGUCCAAGCAUCUGGAGAAAACCGUUUCCAUCCGGCUGGUGGACAUCAGAAGCUCCGACACCGACGACUACUUCAUCGACGAAGGAUUGAGCAGGAGAAGCCCCGCCUCUCUGGAUGUGACAACCAACACUAAGUUUAACAGAGCCGGCGUCGGCUCGGACGCCAAAACCAACGGGUGGCUGAGGAGAACCCAGGCGAGCGGCUCCCACUCGUCCCACGGAGCCGUCGGCCACAUCAGAGGCUGGGGGAAGUUCAGGAUCCCUAAAAGGAGCGAGAGACCUCUGACGAUGAAGGAGGAGGAGGAGGAGCAAGGCAAGCCGCUGCUGAGGCCGCUGACCAACACGCCGGAGCCGCCGUACGCCAGAACGCGACUCCGCACGGGGGCGGAGAACGACGGCUACGCCUCCGACUCCAAACCGAGCGACGGCGAGGUGGAGCCCUGUUUGAAACGGUGCCACUCCCACCAGCUGAGGGGCGACUCGUCUCUCAGCCGCCGCUACGGCUCUGACAUCAUCCGGCGAGGCGUGCUGGCCUCCUGAUGGAGGAGAGACACUGAGAAUAAGCUGCACUGUUAGUGGAGAGAGAACGACGGUCGCUCUUUGUACCUUUAUUUUUCUCGAUGAAUCCUAAAAUGCCUAGAUUAAAAACAGAGCUGAUAUUUAUUUUUUAUUUGUAACAUAUGUAAAACUGGGAAAUAUUUUACUUUCUACUUUAUUUUGAGCUAGUUCUUUGACUAUUCUUUUCCCCCUUGAAGUAGAAAGAUGUCAAGUUGCCACUUAAACGCUCGCUCAGACUUUUACAAGCAAAACCAUCAACUGGGAAGAAGUUGUGUUUGUUGCUUGGGACCAUAAGCUUGCAAUGUUAUUUGUUUUUGGCAAAGUAUUAAACUCGGCCAUGAGUCAGUUGCACUUGAUCGAUUAAAGCUGAAACAGAUAAUCCUCAUCCCGACACCGGACUGUGUAGGUUUCUUUUUAUUGAGCUUCACCUGCGACCAACAGGGAGUCAAACUGCCCUUUUAUCCAUAUUUAAACUCCAGCCGCCAUCGUUUGUUCCGUCUCAACGCGACGAGAAGCCACAGAGAAGGAGAGAGGAAUCCAGGCGGACGUUUGACUCGUCAGCAGCACUUAAGUGUAAUUGAACUGCGAUCGUAUCGUACCCAUCACGUGCCUAACUUUUAUUUGAAGCGUUUGCACUACGAGAGGACGGCACAGGCGUGAGGACGGUAGAGUUAUUUUUACACUGAAAAAUUGAAUAAGCAUUUUGUACCCUCGGCCACUGCUGUACUACUACUGUUAUGCAAAAUGAAACUUGUUUUGUCUUUUGUCCUGAAGAGGAAUAAACACUCAGCAAGACUUCA